ACUGAAACCAGUCCGUUCCCCGCUGACGGGACAGGGGUUGCCACGUGGCGGUUGGCCCUGAACCUGGCACAGGCUACAGCAGGCAGCGAGGGUUUAACCUACAGCACUCACUCAAUUACCCCAACCUCCAACCUCCAACCUCCAACGUCCAACGUCCAACCUACAUUCAUCUAAUCCCGCCCAUCCAUCCAAUCCCGCCCAUCCAUGCAGCCAUCCGUCACCAUGGCAGGCCAGACAAAACCGCCAGACACACCACACCCAGCACCAUCACAAAUUGCCAGCAACGAUGCCGCCAAAACCACCAGCAGCAGCAGCACGACGCGCGCAGUGCGGGGCGCAUCACUCCUAAUCCUUCUCCAAGUAGCGUCGCGCGCCGUGACCUUCAUCGCCAACCAAGCGCUCCUGCGCUUCCUCACAGCGCAGCUGCUCGGCGUGUCGGCACAGCUCGAGGUGUACUACCUAUCCGUGCUCUUCUUCGCGCGCGAGAGCCUGCGGGUGGCGAUCCAGCGGCAGGACACGUCGUCCCUCGGCAAGGGAACCGGAAAGAGCGCCCAGGCCGCCGUCAACCUCGGGUAUGUGUCGCUGGCGCUGGGCGUGCCGCUGGCGGGCGCGCUCGGGUGGCUGUACCUGCACUCGAUCAGCGCCGGCACGCAGGCGGCGACGCCGCGCCUGGCGCUCGCGCUGUGGGUGUACGCUUGCGCGGCAGUAGUAGAGCUAGCGUCAGAGCCGGCGUUCGUAGUGAUGCAGGCGCAGCUGCAGUUCAGGACGCGGGCGGCGGCGGAGGCGGUGGCGACGUUUCUGCGGUGUGCGGUGACGCUGGGCGCGACGGCCGCGGCGGGCCCGCAGCUCGGCGUGCUGCCGUUCGCGCUCGGCCAGCUGAGCUACGGGGUCGGGCUGCUGGGCGUGUACGCGUGGCGCGGGGCGGGGCUAGCGCGCGCCGAGGGCUUCUCGCUGCUGCCGCGGCGGAUCUUAAGUAAAGGGGGGGACGACUUCGCGCUGGGCGCGUACCUAUACCGGCCCACGCUGCAGCUGGCGUCGAGCAUGAUGGCGCAGAGCGUGGUCAAGCACCUGCUGACGCAGGGCGACACGUUCCUGGUCAGCGCGCUGUCGACGCCGACGGCGCAGGGCGUCUACGCGCUGGCCAACAACUACGGCGGUCUGGCCGCGCGGCUCGUGUUCCAGCCCGUCGAGGAGAGCAGCCGCAGCUACUUCAGCCGGCUGCUCGCGGCGCCGUCUGCGUCUGUGGCUAGCCCGGCGGGAGUCGACAGAAACAAAGCGGCGGCGACGGCGGCGACGGACCUGCAGGCGCUGCUCAAGGCGUACGCGCUGUUGUCGGUGGUGGUGACGACGGUGGGGCCGACGGCGGCGCCGCUGCUGCUGUCGCUGGUGGCGGGGCCGCGGUGGGCGGACUCGGGGGCCGGCGCGUGCCUGGCCGCGUACAUGUGGUACAUUCCGCUGCUGGCGGCCAACGGCGUGGCCGAGGCGUUCGUGGCGUCGGUGGCCAGCGAGGCCGAGGUGCACCGCCAGUCGGCGUGGAUGGGCGCCUUUUCGCUGGGAUUCGCGGGUGCCGGCUUCGUGCUGCUGCGCGUGCUGGACAUGGGCGCCGUCGGUCUGGUCGUCGCCAACGCCAUCAACAUGCUGUGCCGCAUCGCAUGGUGCGCCGUCUUCAUCUCGCGCUACUUCCGUCGCGCGGGUGCCCCGCUGGACCUGCUCGGCGGCGUCAUGCCCAAGCCUAUAGCUGUUGCCGCCGCCGUCGUCACGUCGCAGCUGGUCAAGAGGGUAAUCACGUCGAGUGCGGACUCGCCGCUGCCCGGGGCCAGGCAGGCGAUAGGGGACCUGGUGAGAGUGGCACUUGUUGCAUUGCCCUUUGUGGCCGUUCUGUGAGUACUUGUUUCUUCUGUCUCUUUUCUACGUCUAUUGUCAUAUCUAGCGCUACCGAGCCAAGGCUAACAAGACAACGCAGCCUUCUGUCCGAACGGCAAUUUCUGCUGAGCGGCUACCGGUCUCUGCGGGGGAGGCGGGAAAAGGCCUCAUAGGACUAAUGAAACACGACAGCUAUAGCCCCUACCAAAAUAAAGAGAACAAGACUUUUGCCACGCACACGCGUGUAAUUACACAACUCCGUUCCAGUCACGACCCUAGUCAAACGUGAUCUUGG